AGGUAAAACCGCGGAGUACAACUCGUGCCUAAUAUUACAUUUGGUAUCUCGUCGGUUUAGAAAGAAAACACUACAACGCGUUCAAGAGUGUCUAAUUUUUACGCCAAGUGUAGUUGGGUGGUUUACUUUUUAUUUUAUCUUUUCCCUUACGAGCUGUGAAAUUAUUCGCAAGAGGACCAUCCGAUUCCUUACAAGAGAACUGCACCUUUUCUGGUGCGAUUGCAGCCUGCGUCCAGGUCAUCUCACUGUUGCACACGCAGGCUUAAAGGAUGGCCAAUUUACGUCCUUUCCGGCUACGUUGCGUGCCAAAAAUCGUCCGAGAAAAAUGCUCGAGGGCAGUCUCUCCCAACGUAACAGGAUCUUUAGAGAAACCUGUCGAUGAUCACGCUGUGGAUUUUGACUGGAUCCGGGCCAAGCCCUACACACAAGUUCCUGGGCCAAGGCCUGUGCCAUUUCUUGGGAAUACAUGGAGAUUUCUACCUUAUAUUGGUAAUUUUCAAAUCGAACAUGUCGACAAGGUCUCUAAACGUCUUCAUAAGAAGUACGGCGAGGUAGUUAAAAUCGGUGGUCUUCUGGGCCGGCCGGAUAUGAUUUUUUUGUACGACGCAAACGAAAUAGAGCGCGUCUUUCGCCAGGAAGAAAAAAUGCCCCAUCGGCCAUCCAUGCCUUCUUUGAAUUAUUACAAACAUGUUCUGAGAAAGGAUUUCUUUGGGGAGGACGCGGGGGUCAUCGCAGUGCAUGGAGAGAGCUGGUAUAAUUUUCGCAGCAAAGUACAGCAGGUGAUGCUACAACCGAGAACUGCGAAAUUGUACGUUGGUGCAGUACAGGAAGCUAGCGAAGCUUUUGUCCAAAGGAUAAAAAAAGUACGCGACGAUGACGAUGAAACACCAGAUCAUUUUCUCAAUGAAAUUCACAAGUGGUCUCUGGAAUCAAUAGCUCGGGUGGCUUUGGACGUCAGAUUGGGUUGUUUGGACGACGACGCGCCCGUAGAAACUCAGCAACUUAUCGAUGCUGUGAAUGUAUUUUUCAAAAACGUCGGUGUCCUCGAGUUAAAAGUCCCAUUUUGGAAACUCUUCAGCACGCCCACCUGGCAAAAAUACGUUAAUGCUCUGGACACGAUAGUCGAAAUCACGUCCAAGCACAUCGAAUUGGCGCUCGCUAAAGCAAAGAUGAAAAACAUUGAUGGCGGUGAACACAACGAACCUUCACUUUUGGAAAGAUUACUCGCGAUGGAGACCGGGCCAAAAAUCGCAACUAUAACAGCCCUGGAUUUAUUCCUCGUCGGCAUAGACACAACGUCGAAUGCGGUAGCCUCGGUACUUUAUCAGCUUGCUCUACAUCCCGAGAAGCAAAAGCGUCUUUACGAAGAAGUAUCAAGGGUGUUACCUCAGCCUGGACUCCCAAUAGCGGCGGGGCAUCUUGAAGAAAUGAAGUACCUGAAAGCCUGCAUAAAAGAAACCCUGAGAAUGUAUCCUGUUGUAAUCGGUAACGGACGUUGUAUGACGAAAGACACGGUCAUCGGGGGCUACCAAAUACCUGAAGGUGUCCAAAUAGUAUUUCAACAUUACGUGAUCAGUAACCAGGAUCGCUACUUCCCAGACAGUGAUGAAUUUAUGCCAGAACGAUGGAUGGCCGGAAGUGAUAUAACUCACGGAGUAAAACACGCUUUUGCAUCAUUACCCUUUGGUUACGGACGCCGCAUGUGUCUUGGCAGGCGAUUUGCCGAAUUGGAGAUGAUUACUGUGAUCGCCAAGAUCGUGCAGGCGUUCAAACUAGAAUACCAUCAUGAAAAAUUAGACUAUCACAUAGAUCCAAUGUAUACACCCAACGGACCUCUAAAGAUUAAAAUGAUCGAUAGAUAAUUAUAAUUUAUUGAUGAAUCUAUUUUGAUCGAUAACUUGUCAAAAUUGUGUCUCAGGUCACCAGGGGAAAAAUCUUAUGCUGUAAUUUUCAAAUAAAUUAAUGUCAACGCAUCAGUUUGAGAAAAAAAAUAAGAAAAAUUAACCAAGUAGACGGUGAAAAAUGUAUUGCGAUUAAAUGUUAUCAAUAGCAACAACGAUAAUUUAAAGUUGGACGUUACACGUACCAUUGCUGCGAUCAGAGCAGAUUUCUUCAUUUUUUAUAUACAAAUUAUAUAAAUACAAAAUUAUACAAAUAAAA